AUGGUGUACCCGGGAUACACGAUAACAUUCCCCGUCAAAGAUGACAAAACUAACGACAAGUCAUUUCUCAAUCCUUUGACGAAUCUUCUCCGUCGCCUCAAUACUCUCGAUCCGCCGUCUGUCAGCUUGUCUUGGCUCUCCAAAGCCGUUGAUUUCCUCUCCUUUGUACAUUCGGAAGCGAAAACGCUUGUGACACGCAUUGAAGUCUCUUCUUUUGAUUUGUCGUUGGCUCUCUAUCUAGACGAUUCUACCAAGGUUUUGGAUCUCUGUAAUUUUAUUUCGUCUGAGAUCGAACGAUUACGCCACCGUCGUCUUUCCGUCGACUUUGCAAUUCAUCUGUUGACCACGUCUGAUUGCGGCUGUAAUCCGGAGACGCUGCAUCGGACCAGGGCCUCGCUUUCUAGUUUAGUGAAUGGUGUUGGUUCUCCGGAGGUUAACAAGCGUGGAUUUGGGAUCGGGAGCGACGACAUCAAGGAUUUGGUGAAGGACUUGGCUCUGCGGCUUGAGAGUGCGCCACGUGAAAAGAUAUCGAGCAAACGUAGGCUUGUCCAUCGCACUAUCUACGCAGUCGGAUUGGUUACGGUGUUUGUUGCCGGAGUUGUCGUAGCCGCGAUCCACAGAUCAACUGAACUUCUCUCCGUACGCGUUCCGUCCGAAUUUAGUUGGGCUGAAGCAGUCAACGGUCUCGAGUCAGCGAUUUCCACCGAGUUGACCCGGAGGUUCGGUGAUAAGGGAGAAAGGAAAGCGCAUUUUAGCGAGGUUUAUGACGUGUAGAGUCACAUAAAAGAGUUAUGUGACGUCAUCGAUGGCGUUACCAGAGGAGAAAACGAGGGAGAAAAGGACAAAGAGAGCUUUAACGGGACCGUUAAAAAGCUGGAAAGGGUGACGGAGAUAAUAUUAACGGAAGGAUUAGACCGUUUGAGUAAACGACGUUAAUGUGGUGUUCCAUACUGUUUUGAGUAACAGAAACGGCAUGUUGGGGAAUUGGAGAGUGGACAUUGAGAAGAUAUCAUGCAAAAAAAGCCUAAAAGUGUCGACCUAAAGAAAAAGUGAUUACCAUUGCCUUGUAAUUGUUGUAUUCCAGUGUACUGAUGGGGUUGGGGAAACAAACAAUUUCUGUGUUUAGCAAUGGAUCGAGUUGGAGGCAUAUAAAAUCUACACAUAUCACUAGGUCACAUGUUCAAUACAAAGCAAAUCAAUUAAUCAUUAACUCGGAAUUGGGGAUAGAUAAAAUGUAUACAUUACACUGGGUCACAUGUUCAAUACAAAGCAAAUCAAUUAAUCAUUAACUCAA